AAAUGCGGGCAGCCCACCGAUCAGGAAAGGAUUCGGGCGACUUCCACCCGCAUCGAUUCUGCGGAUCGUCGAACUCUCUCUCCGACUCUCUCAACUUCACCCCAACAUUCCCACCCAUCCUCCUCGUUCAUCUGGUAAACCCGCGCGGUUCUAGACUCUGCUAGACUCUGCCGUGCUUGCACCUUGUACAGCACAUUUCCCUCUGGUUUUAACUUCCGAAGCUGUGUCACCACAUUCCAUCAUGGCUCCCGCCUCCGCCACCACUCAGAAACCCAACGACAAGGCCAAGAAGCAGACCUCUCAAGCUCCUAGCACCCCCAAGGCUGAGUCUGAGAGCCCCGUCUCCGAGACGAACGGUGCUGAGCCUACUGUUUUGAAGGAGUUGCAAAAGAGCCUGCGCAAUGCCGUCAAGAAGCUGAACGCGACUGCCAAGAUCGACGCCAUCAUCGCUGAAAACCAAGGCAAAUCCCUGGACGACCUCAUUGCUGAGAAGAAGAUCAAUGCGGACCAGAAAGCCCAAGCCCUGAAGAAGCCCGCUCUUCAAGCAUCCAUUGCACAGAUUGAGGAGCAGAUUGGUCACUACAAGCAGUUCGCUGCUCAAUACGAGGCGCGCUUGGAGAGCCAGAAGGCUACUCUGGAGAAAGCUCACCAGGAGGAGCUGGAGGCUGUCCGUGCCAAUGCUAUUGCUGAUGCUACGGAGACCUCGUCGCGCGUUCUGCGCGAGCAAUUGCUCACCCUGACCAAGUUCCUGUGCGCUGCUGCUAAUAUGCGUCAUGCGGGCGAGACCGAGUCCCCUGAGAGUCGUGCUUUCGAGGGUGUACUCUUCCAGGUCUAUGGAGGUAACAGGAAGGCUGUUGACUCUAUGAUUAAGCUGGUUGAUGGUGCGGAUGAGAAGGUGGUCGGUGUUGAGGGUGAUGCUCUGGAGCUGAGCUAUCACGAUGUUAAGCUGGCAUCCAACAAGUUUGCUCCCGUGGAAGAGACAUCCGAAGCGACCACCGAAUCCGCUGCUGUUUCCGACCCCACCGUGGCCAAUGCCGGCCUGACCGAGCUUCAGGAUCCCUCCAUCAGCGACGAGCUGGCUGCCUCCGAGGCGGCCAAUGCCACUCCUCAGGGCGAACAGGUUGCACCCCCCUCGCAGACCUUGAUUUCCGAUGGUGCCAACCAGGUGGCUGAGACGACCUACAACCCGACUUCCAUGGAAUCUUCGGCCACCACUGAUGCCUGGGUAGAGGUUCCCCGUGACCCUGCCGAGACUGAGACUGGUCUCCAGGCCACUCCUGCCGACGUGAACAACAACACUGUUACUGCCGAGGGUGCCGCAGCCGGAACCAAGGGACAGAAUGGUGGUCAAAACGGCCGUGGCCGGGGCCACCGUCGUCCCCGUGGCGGUGACGGUUCUCGUGGACGUGGAGGACGAGGUGAAUUCCGUGGCCGUGGCCGCGGAGGUCGUGGAGGUCGUGGCCGUGGCGGAUCCAACGGUUCCCCGGCAGCCACUCCCGCCCCCGAGAGCCAGGGCGCUGCCCAGUGGUAAAGGAAACACACAGAUGUCAACAUCUCCUUCGAUGCUCAACACAUGAAACUAUCUAAUCCCUCGGCUUCGUCCUACCCAGGACAAUGCUGUCACCUGUUACUGCCAUUUUCUCUUGCCGCUGGUCUGGUGUUAUGGAUCACGAACGCAACGAAUUUUCUUUUCCGAGGAAUGAUUUUGGGGUUAUCUUCUUGUUUCCCCCUAUUUUGCUAACAAAAAUUGUCAUCCUCUAACUAAUGCUUUGUUUCGAGCGUGCAUAUUACCCCCGAUCAGGGUUAUCUUUUCUCCAUGUAUUCUAUUGUCAUUUCCUGGGUGAUUCGAUGGUGAUGGGGGAAUGGCGGGCUGGCAGCUAACUUUCCGAUGGGAAAAGCUAUGAAUGAAGAACUUUAUGCUAUCGACAAGACACGAGAGUCCUUUGAUGCCGAGAUGGAACUAGAGAUGGCGUUGAGACUGAGGGCGGACUCUUUAGAAUGUGUCUCCGAUCACUCAUGUCCGGAUAUGACACAUAUAUUAUGUAUAGGAUGGGGAAAGAACGCGAUCAGUAGCAUGAUAGAUCUCAAUCUGCUUCUGGCUUUAGCUCAAUUUCUGGCUUUAGCUUAAGAGCUUGAGGUUGGCCUUUCCCCCGCAUGCAAUGUAGACUGCGAG